GACCAGGUCAUUGUUUGUCUGUGCCAUGCGAAAUGUAGAAAGUUACGUUUUAUUCCUUUUGAUUUUACUUUGAAGUCGAGCGCCGGAUGUGUUGUGCGCGAAGACAACUAACGCGUUUGUUGGGAGCGUCAAACGGCAGCAGCAGCAUCAGGAGGAGGAAGAGGAGUAAACGCCCAACCUGCUCGCCUCCAUCCAUCUCCCUCUUCCUCCAGCCCCACCGACUCCUCUCCUAUUCCUCAGGCCGCGCAGGUGCCGCCCUGAGCGGGCAAUAGGGCCGACCAGACUCCGUGGGGAAAGAUGGCCUUUUAACGUUCGGACUAAAAGCAGGAGAGACAUGCUGCCUUCCUCUUCCUCCUCCUCCUCCUCCUCCCUUUACCUCUUCCUCCUCCUCCUCCUGCGGACCUCCUCCUCCCCCGCCUCGGCUGACAGGCGCUUCGGUUGUCUGUUCAAGCAAGAUCUUUGUACGCCAGUCGAGCUUUGCGUCAACGACGGGAUGUUUGGGAGGUGCCACUCCGUCCCGGUGAAUGACGUUGACUCGUACGACGUCACCCUGCCUGUUGUACAACACUUUAGGCUUCUGCUGGACAAGAUGGCCGCCGCGGGUUUGACAUGGGAGGAUGACACCACCCAGCAUGUUUUGGCUAAAGGACUCUCCAAAGUCAGGAGGAUUCCUCACUGGCCGCCACUGAGCGCCUCCGCCGACAACACAGACAGCAGGCCUGCAGCCAAAGCGAUGGACCCGGUGGUCCAGGGGCUGAAGCCGCUGGAGGCCGAGCUUAGUAGGAACCUGCACACAUACCUCCAGCGUCUCGGACUCCUCCCGAAGGUGGGCAGCGCUGAAGGCCUAAGCACGAGCAGUCUAGUCCAAUCAGACCUGUACAGCUCCGUGUCAGAUCCGACGAGUUUGAAGGCGUCUUCAUCCUUCAAAGUGAAACAGAACACAUCCGCGGAUAGGCUCCAAGUUCUCCUGAGUACCCUGAGGCAGCUUUUCUCCACGCAGCCCGACACCUUGGCCCGCCUCAGACCCGUCUACACCCACGGAACGGAAGCUUCUGCCCCCAAGAACGUUAAAUCUAGACCCAAAACUCCAGGAGCAUCUGCCAAGGACCCUCUCACAGUAGUAGAUGAGAAAUUCAUCCUGAACGUGUUAAGGAACAUCGGCAGGCAGCACCUGGACGUGGACAACCUGACGCCGCAUGACAUGGACCAGCUGUCCAACCUCAUUGUGGACGCCCUGCAAGUGGUGGACAAGGACCGGACCGCGGACCAGGAACGCAUCCGAUCUGGGCCGAGAGACUUGGGAGGUGAGCUGAGUGAUGGGAAGGAAGAAGAAAGGAAGGAGACUCCCAGAGAUGAGGAGAAGAUUACAGAGGACGCUCCAAUUUUGAUGACCUCUUCUGAUCCACCUCAAGAAGUCCAAUCGCUGACUAACGAUGACCAAGCGAAGGACAAGGCUGGUGGUGAAGACGUAUUCAGCAAACUUCUGGCCUACUUGGACCAAAGAGCCUCUUCCUCUUUGUCAUCCACGGCUUCUCCUCCUCGGCGUCGGAUGGGCCUUGAGAAUGUCCGCAGCCGCACCAGCGAGACAGGCGUGUUGGUGCAGAAGAAGGAUGCCACACAGUCGGUGGAGGAAAUGUCUGAGGUAGUGGGCUGGGUGAAGGAGGUUUCCCCGCAACCGGGUGCGGUCAAAUACCAGGAAACGCGGCAGAAGAUGCCCGACGAACUCCAGCUGGAUGUCAAGGCCGGCGGGAAGGAGGCGGACAACGACUUCGGAUAUGUCAUCACAGACACAGACAGUCUACAAACAGACCAAGGUCUGCAUAUGAUGGAAAUCCUGGCUCGCAUGGCCAAAAUCCAAAUCACCGACUUUGCAGAGUUGUCGGUGGUGGGCCCGGCAGUGACGUUCAAAGUGAGCCCCAACCGGCAGAACGUCAACACGGCAGAUGUGGCCCGAGUGGCAGUGACACAGAAAUCAUCGCUGGAGAAGGAAGCCAAGCUCAGCAUCCUGGAGGCGGGAGUUGCAGACGGCAGCGAGAUCUCGGCGAUCCCGGGCAAGUAUAGCCAGGCUGAGUCCACCAAGUUCCUGGCCCUGACGGUGGCGUCCAUCUUAUGCAUUGUGGGAGUGCUGCUGGCGUCCAGCGUGGUGUAUUGCCUGCGACACCGGUCGCACCACAAACUCAAGGAGAAACUCACCAACCUGGGAGCGGACGCUGGCCAAGAUGCCACCGCCACAUACCAGGAGCUGUGCCGUCAGCGCAUGGCUGUCAAGCCUCCAGCAGAGCGUCCGGAGCCGACCUCGUCCAGGAUCAACAGCGUGUCUUCACAGUUCAGCGACGGCGGUGGCGGCGCUUCGGCCGUCAGCCCGUCGGCCCGAAGCAGCCUCUCGUCCUGGAGCGAGGAGCCCGCUCAGCCCAACAUGGACAUCUCCACCGGGCACAUGAUCCUGUCAUACAUGGAGGACCACCUGAAGAACAAGAACCGCCUGGGGAAGGAGUGGGAGGCGCUGUGUGCCUACCAGGCCGAGCCCAACGCCUGCAUGGCAGGCCUGAAGGACGGAAAUGCCAAGAAGAAUCGCUCGCUCGCCGUGGUGGCCUACGAUCAUUCGCGCAUCACCUUGCGACUGGAGAACAGUCAAGGCAACUCGGACUACAUCAACGCCAGCCCCAUUAUGGAUCAUGACCCACGGAACCCAGCCUACAUCGCCACGCAAGGCCCGCUGCCGUCCACCGUGGCUGACUUCUGGCAGAUGGUUUGGGAGAACGGCUGCGUGGUGAUCGCCAUGCUUACGCCGUUGGUGGAGAGCGGUGUGAAACAGUGCUACCACUACUGGCCUGACGAAGGCUCCAAUCUCUAUCACAUCUACGAGGUCAACUUGGUGUCCGAGCACAUCUGGUGCGAUGACUUCUUGGUGCGUAGCUUCUACUUAAAGAACAUGCAGACCAAUGAGACACGGACCGUCACGCAGUUCCACUUCCUGACUUGGCUCAACCAGAACGUCCCCGAGACCAGUCGCACCCUCCUGGAUUUCCGCAGGAAAGUGAACAAGUGUUACCGCGGACGCUCCUGUCCAAUCAUCGUGCACUGCAGCGACGGCGCUGGCCGAAGCGGGACGUACAUCCUUAUCGACAUGGUCCUCAACAAGAUGACGAAAGGUGCCAAGGAGAUCGAUAUUGCGGCCACUCUGGAGCACCUGCGAGACCAAAGGCCUGGGAUGGUCCAGACCAAGGAUCAGUUUGCGUUUGCGUUGACGACGGUGGCUGAAGAAGUGAACGCCAUCCUCAAAGCUCUUCCUCAGUAGGAAGGACCGACCACAAGAGCGACUAAGCAUCUCCCUGCUCCUGCUGGUUAUCUCGGCUCGUUUGUCCUCUCGACGUCCGUCCUUCCCCCUCUUCUUUCUCUUCUUCUUCUCUACUUUGUCACCUGGAUUUGCUUGUCAUCAUGUGAAUCCUCGGUCUUCUCUUUCCAAUCUCUAUUUGGCCUUGUGGUAUUUAAAUGAAUUUGAAUGAAAAAUGCUCGCUUUUCUUUCAGAAUAACUUUGGAAUACUCCAAAACACUUAAAAGGCUCCUUGACUUGAUUGACGACACUCGAAUGCAUCAAUGGAAAAUAUUCUGUUUAUCUAGCUUUAAGCUUUCUAGCCAAGGUUUCCUAUCAUCCUUGACGUCAUUAUUGUCGCGAUGAUAAUUUUGAUCUGUAGUCACUUGAGAACUUAUAACUCAUCAGUCCACGGAAUGACGUUCCCCAGGGCACAGUUCGAAAGCUUAGGCUUUUUACACUGGUGCCUUGACUUCACAAGUUUUUCCACUUACGAGCCGUGGCGUGGCAACUAUUGCCCUGUUAUGCGGGCAAGGAGAGCCACAGUCGCCGUUUGUUGAACGGCGCUACCGAACCGACUCCAGAUCGUGACACCGCUCACUAGGCCACACCCCUUAAAAGGACACACCCAACACACCAGUCCAGUAAUUUCACUUCAGUUAAUUUCUUUACAUUGUCUUUUAUUAUGUUUUUUUUUGUUUUCAAUGAAACACAUAACAAAAUAAUAUACAGUGAACCCUCACAUAUUCACAUUCAUAUUUACAACUCUUGCUCUUCUCAUUUUUUGUUGUAAAUUUAGUUUUAAGGUUUUUUGUGCGAAUGACUUUUUUCCAUUAAAUUUUGAAUACUUGGUUUUUGUCAGUUUUUUUAAACAAUUUUUGUAGAAUUACAACUUUUUUCCUGGUCAGGCAGGGCGUGGCUUAGAGGGUCGUUGGUUCAUAUCCCCGCCUGAGCACUGUCUUCAUUCAUCGCGGGGGUUACGUUCCAGAAUAAGUAGCAGUGACCAUGUAUUUUAUAUAUAUAAAUCUUUAUGCAUAAUACCAAUCAAAAAUACAGUACAUGCAUGUGAGGUGCCGGUAUAAUCUUUUUCCACUUGGGGUUGCCAUCGUCACGUUCCACACAUCAAUAUCUGCAACUUUGAGUGUUUGUGGCUUUAAAAGGCGGGGUCUGCCCUGGUGAAUGACAUGGGAGUCAGCGAAUGAGAGAGUAGUUGGCUCAAGAUAGCGGCUAGCUGUUAACUGGCUAACUGCUAGUCAGUCUGCGUGUUGAGUGCACAGGCGGCUGAGUAUCCUUGACAACCUGUAGAGGGAUUACAAUUGGUUCUAAGUAACGGUGAUAGGCUAUAUUAAGUUAGCUAACAAUGUUUACCAUAAACGUACAGUUCUGUAAGUCAGUUUUGCUGUGCAGUCAACACAUUACACUUUAUUUUCUUUUUUUAAGUGUGAAAUGAUCCCAAACUUUGCACAUUGUGUUUUACGCACUCUUUCCUCCUGGCGCUUACAAUUAACAUUAACGUUAGUCCAUUUGGAAAAAUGAUCACUGCAAAAUUCCACGGUGUCGUGAAAAAUGUCAUAUAAAAGAAGAUAGAGCAUGUAUGAUUUAAAAAUCAGCGAUACAGUGGGAAUGUGAGAAGUGAACCGUGAUGUGGCGAGGGACGACAAUGUUGAACUGAGUUGAGGAGCUUCAUUUGGACAAAAGUAGUGCUUUCCCGUUAACCUGUGGCAUCUAUAGGCAAUUACAAGCAUUUUGAUUGCGCAUGGAUUUUCACUAUUGGUGGCAGGGCUCUGCCCCUAAACACUGUACGAGCAAAUUAAACUGUUAAGUUGAGGUACCACUGUAUUAUGUUGUAUUAUGCAUAAUAGCAGUAAAUUGGAGGUUGUGAGUUUCGUAAAAUGAAGACAAAUGGAGAUGUUUUUGUCUGUCGCAUGUAUGGUUAUUCCUUUAUUCAAAUUCCCGGACUCGUUAUGGUCUCGAUGGGGCCGUCCGUCUUCACUUCCAGACGCACAACGUUUUAGCUACAAUAGUUGUACAAAAAUCAAAGUGGUAGCUGUACGAACUGUCAGCAUGAGACAUUUUUGUGCGUAAAGUCAAGAUGAAAAUGCUCUUCCAGGCUUGAGUCAUUUUUGGCAUCAUAACGGUUGAUUUUAGAUGUGAUAAUCCGUUUUUUUGUUUAUUUGUGAUGUUUUGUUGUAUUACCCAUGUGAUUCCCACGGCCCAAUUUAUUUCAGUGGCUACUCGUGCAUGGCUUUAACUCAGCAAACAGUCAAACUAUAUAUUAUAUAGACGUAUAUUGUAUAGUCUAUGACCAGGAUUAAAGGAAGCAUUCAACUAUUCUUUGAUGGUUGUUUGAUUGAUUUGAUGUCCGUGUGCAAGUACAACUCCAAACACACACACACACGCACAGGAAGCAUCAGCACAGAAAACCAACAAAAGCUAUUUUGUUCUAUUGGUGUCAAUAAAGUCGUAUUGUCAGUGUC